UAUAUAGAUCAAGGGGAGAGGAUAAGUGGCAGGAGAUCGAUAGUGAGCGAAAAGGAGAGAAAGAAAGAGGAGUUAGAAGAGGAGAGGAAAGGCAAGGAAGAAAAUUAUAAGACCUGGAUAAGGAUCAUAGAAUAGAAGCAUCAGUUUCAAACACUCAUGCCAUGGAAUUCCAAUCUUCAUUCCUAGCUAUCACCGCACUCCUCUUCUCGCUGCUUUUGCUUGCUAAGAUUUUUAAAGGGAGAAGCAGUGUGGUUCAUAAACUGCCACCAGGGCCAUGGAAGUUACCUAUAAUAGGGAAUCUGCAUCAACUGAUAGCAGCAGGGCCACUUCCCCACCGUGCUCUUCGAGAUCUAGCCCUCAAACAUGGACCUAUGAUGCAUCUUCAGAUGGGUGAAAUUUCUACAAUAGUUGUAUCAUCUCCUGAUUUGGCCAAGGACAUAUUGAAGACACAUGAUCUCGCUUUUGCACAAAGACCUGAACUCUUCUUUUCUGAAAUUUUGGCCUAUGAUUCAACAGAUAUUUCCUUUGCUCCAUAUGGUGAAUACUGGAGACAGAUGAGGAAGAUAUGUACCUUAGAGCUUCUGAGUGCCAAAAGGGUUAAGUCUUACUCUUACAUUCGGAAAGAUGAGGUGGCUAAGCUCAUACAAUCCAUUCACUUGUCUGCAUCUGCAGGUUCAACACACAAUGUUUCUAAGAGUAUUUACUCUUUGAUAAGCGCAUCGGUUUCGAGGGCAACAUUUGGUCAUAAAACCACAUGUGAAGAUGAACUCUUGUUCUUAAUCAAGAAAACAUUUGAACUGGUUGGAGGUUUUGAUGUUUCUGAGUACUUCCCUUCAUGGAAAUCUCUUCAUCUCAUAACUCAGAUAAAAGCUAAAUUGAGGGAUACGCAAAAGAAGAUGGACAGGAUUUUAGACAGCAUUGUCAAGGAGCGUCGGUCAAACCCUGACAAGGGUACUGAAACUCUUGUUGAUGUUCUUUUGCGUAUACAACAAAGUGGCGAUCUCGAGUUCCCAAUCACAGAUGACAACAUCAAAGCCGUGAUAUGGGACAUGCUCGUUGCAGGGAGUGAUACUUCAGGAAUAGUCAUAGAGUGGGCUAUGUCAGAGAUGAUGAAAAAUCCAAGAGUGAGACACAAGGUACAGGCUGAAAUAAGAGAAGCUUUCAAGGGAAAGAAGACUAUUGACGAGGCCGAUCUACAUCAACUUACAUACUUUAAGCUAGUGAUCAAAGAAACCUUCAGGCUACACCCACCCGGUCCCCUAUUGCUGCCGAGAGAAUGUAGGGAACCACGCAAGAUUGGUGGAUAUGAAAUACCUGUUAAAACUAGAGUUAUAGUAAAUGCAUGGGCACUUAAAAGAGAUCCCAACCAUUGGUCUGAUCCAGAGCAGUUUAUACCUGAGAGGUUUCAGGACUCAAGUCUUGACUAUAAAGGGACUAACUUUGAGUACCUCCCUUUUGGGGCGGGAAGGAGAAUGUGUCCAGGCCUUCUACUUGGCAUAGCUAAUGUUGAGCUUGCUCUAGCUUCAUUACUUUACCACUUCAAUUGGGAACUCACGGAUGGAAUGAAACCAGAGGACUUGGAUAUGACUGAAAUCUUCGGAGCUGUUGUGGGAAAGAAAAACAACCUCUAUUUGAUUCCAACUCCAUAUGAUCUUGCCAUUCAUCCUGAUGUCAAUGCCAAUUGAACCUCUAUAGUACUGCCCUUAUUUCAUUUUAGUGAAUUUGUCCAAUAAUUACAUGUAAUAAAGGGAAUGAUGUUGUCAGCCAAACUCAGCUUGGUCAAUCUUAAACUUUUUUCAAGUAGUAAUCUAGUCUUCUUGGUUUUUCCCCUCCAAUAUUGUAACAAUGAAACAAACUUCUAUCUCAAGCAUACAAUGUAUUUUUCACACUAA